AUGACAGUUACAGUUGAACAAUUAGAGAAUACCUUGAAAUCAGGAUUCCCAGACUCAAACAUAAUUGUAGAAGAUGUAUCGGGUGGAUGUGGAGCAAAGUUUUCAAUUGUAAUUGGUUCAGAUAAAUUUGAAGGUGUGUCUCUUUUGGAGAGACAUCGUAUGGCAAACGAUGUCAUUGGCGAACUAAUGAAAGACAUCCACGCUAUAAACUUCAAGACAUGGACAAAGAAACAAUACGAAGAAAAGAUGAAACAAUAA